AUGGAAAUGGAAGCUAAAACGUUCGACGCUUUUGGGGGCAUAAAACAUCACACGGAGAUCACUACUAUCGACGAUCACAACAGCAGAGAAAAGGAGUCCUCCGAAGAGCGGUCUCCUCGGUGUUUUCGUGCGACCAGAAGUUUUCAACCGAAACGUGUAUCGGAGUUGCCUCCUCUGGAAUCCGACUCGGACUCUGACGGCGAUGGAAACUUGAACUGUGCAAUCCUGAACGAUUCUUUCCUCUUGACACCGUCGAAAUGCGCGGAAGACUUUGGCAGUGCGCAGAAAAAGUCCGUCGUGAAAUCAACAGCGCACAAACAGAAUAAUGACACCAUCCCGAAAUCGCGCAUGAAAUUGGAGGACAAAUUAUCAUCGAGUACGGAAAUAACUGCCCAAACAACAGUGAAACGCCAUCCACUUACUGAGCGACCGGUUCAUGAUCAGCUCCAAAUCAACAACAAAGAUCGGUCUCCGACGAAAACGGGAUCUUCCAACAAUGAAAUCAACACUGAACCGUCGAAUAAGGUUGAACGACCACCCAAACUGGACGCCAACGGUUCGCACAGCCCUCCUAGGGCUAAUGUGCCCGGCGAAAGGAGUGAGGCGGAUAGAAGUAGGCAUCAAUUCGUCACGCCGAGAGAUAAAUUCCCGGUCGUUCAGAUGCGAGGAACAGGCUCGAGAAUGCUCACGUCGACGGCCUUGAGAGGAUCUCGCGACUCCGUAGAGAACGAGUUCAAGUCACAAAAGAUUCUCUUCGCUACACCGUUGGCGAUCGCACGUGCCCCGGUUAUGUCGAUGGCAAAUGAUAGUCUUAACCUCUCGCUGCUGGACACACCGGUCAAACAAAAGGAACCGAGCAUAUUGACACCAAUCGAGGAGCAUCGUUCACAGUCUUCGACCAAACGAUCUGCGGAUAAAUUGUUUGGAUCCUGUGAACCCGCUCCACCGCUGCCGGAACCAGUGCUGGUGGCUCCAACGCCGAAGGUAGACAUCAAAUGCGAUUCCACUGCCGAAACAAACGAUCAUCAGCAACCACCAAAAGAACGUUUGAUCAGCAUCAAUGGCAAGGACUAUCUAGUAAUGAAAAAACUAGGAUCGGGAGGAUCGAGUUCAGUGUUUUUAGCCAAACAGGUAUCCAGCGGCUUGGAAUGUGCUGUAAAGCUCGUCAAUCUUAACGGGGACGCUAAUUUGGUUGAAGGAUAUCUGAAUGAAACGAGGCUACUCGCAAAGCUGCAAACUAAUGAGAACGUGAUCGCUCUCUACGAUUACGCCCACAUACCGGAGGCAGGACAGCUGUUUCUGGUGAUGGAAAAGGGAGAGUGUGAUUUGCAUCGAAUUUUGCAAACUUACACGAAAGAUAUUCCAUUAUACUCGCUCGUCAGCAUCUGGCAUCAGAUGGUACAGUGCGUGCACUAUAUCCACGAAAAGGGAGUAAUCCAUCUCGAUUUGAAACCGGCCAAUUUCCUCAUGAUCCGGGGACGUCUAAAGCUGAUCGAUUUUGGCAUUGCCAGCAACAUUUCGUACGACUCCACCAGCAUCAUGAAAUUUUCCCAGGCAGGUACAUUCAACUAUAUCAGCCCUGAGGCGCUGAUUGACACGUCAAGCGAUAUGAGUCCAGUAGGAGCACAACCGAGAAUUAAAAUGUCCAAGAAGUCAGACAUCUGGUCUCUAGGGUGCAUACUUUAUCUCUUGCUUUACAAGCGAACUCCUUUUGCGCACAUAAAAAAUGUCUACACGAAAGUGAACGCCAUCACGAACCCCAGCACCGUCAUAGAAUAUCCGGCCCUGGCCAGUUAUUAUCCAGCGAUGCUUCUCGAUAUUCUGAAAAGAUGUCUCCGGUACGACGCAAAGACACGAGCUUCCACAGCAGAGUUGCUAGAGUAUCCGUACGAUAUGCUUAUUCCGUUAAACAAGUUAGUAAACCAUGAUGCAUAAUCUAUUUUGGGGAAUCAAUCCCUUUUAAUUCUAAUAAAUGAUCCCCACUAAUCAUGUUAUUCACCACCAAUGCCAGUCGAUUAGGUUAUCAUAUAUUUCUACAAUCGGUAUUAAGUCUUUUUCGAGUAUUUGAGAGCAGGUUUAUCUGAUAAUCAAAACUGGUCAAUUCUCAGUUGUAUAUUUUUCCACAGUUUUUAAGUACGGAUGAUGGAGGCUUUUCGAAAAGAGCAACA